AUGUCUUCAGUAGUCGUCAAACCCGGCGCAACUGUCUUUGUAACAGGAGUCAAUGGAUUAAUUGGUAGCUACAUCGUGGAUCAGCUACUUGUUCGAGGAUACAAGGUCCGCGGCGCCGUGAGGAACGUGGAGAAGACGCAGUGGUUGAAAGAGUAUUUCGACAGCAAAUUCGGGAGUGAGAAUUUCGAAGUGGUCGAGGUACCGGACAUGACGAUUGAAGGGUGCUAUGAUAAUCUCCUCGAAGGCGUCGAAGGAUUCAUCCACGUCGCCUCACCCGUCGGCGGCAUACUGGAUCUCGACCUAGCUCUCGAUAUUGGGCGGAACGCAGGUAUCAAUGCUCUCAAAGCAUCAGCAAAGACAACAUCGGUCAAGCGCUUCGUCAACACCUCCUCGUCCGCUGCCGUGAGUAUGCCAAAAUUCAUCGACCACGACUUUCCACUCGACGAGAGUAUGUACAACGACGAAGUCCUGAAACAGGCUAGAGUGGAGGAGUCGAGUAAGAGGAAUUUCAUGAUCUAUGCGGCAAUGAAGAGUGAGACGGAGAAGGCGAUGUGGGCGUGGAUGAAGGAGAAUAAACCUGGGUUUGUCAUGAAUAGCAUCCUUCCGAACGCAAACUUCGGCCCCGUGCUCAUUCCCGACCACCAAGGUUACCCAUCGACAAUCGACUGGGCCCGCGCGGCAUGGACCGGCGAAAACUUUGAAGGCUAUGUCAGCAACGUUCCUCCCCAAUGGUUCAUAUCGGUCCUCGACACCGCUCUGCUACACAUCUCAGCUUUGAUCCAUGAGGAUGUGAACAGUGAGCGACUGUUUGGCUAUGCUGAGCGCUGGGACGUCAAUGAUUUGCUUUCGAUAUACCGGAAGCAUCAUCCAGAGAAGGCGCUCCCUGAGAAGGUACAAGGCUUGGAGAAGGACAGGACAACGCCGCCAACGGCGAGGGCGGAGGAGGUAUUGCGUUGGGUGAAAGGCAAGGGAUGGGAUGGUCUGGAGGAAAGCGUUGUCGCGAUGAGCAAGGAUUGGUGA